AUGGCGUGUCACACGUCGAUACGAUGGGGUGACAUGGUUCUAAUUGGAGUAUACCUUCCUCCUAGUCUGAACAUAAGACAAUUCGAGGAAGCACUCGAGGAGAUGGAAGAACUGAUCCAACAGAUGGACAAUACACCAAUGUUUGUACUUGGAGACUUUAAUGCUAAAGAUAUCAUGUGGCAGUCCAAGACUACGGAUUUACGCGGAAAGACUGUAGCAGAAUGGGCAAGCCGGCUAGGCCUCUGCUGCUUAAACCACGGGGGAAAGAGUACCUGUGUGAGAUAUUCAGGAGAAUCAAUAGUAGAUCUCACUUUUGCCACUCCAGUAGCAGCAAGAAGACUUUUCUCAUGGAAGGUGUCGGAUCGGGAGAGCAGAUCCGAUCAUAUGUAUAUAGAGAUUGAGAUCAGGAAAACAAGGAUGCAAAAAACAAAGGAACGCUCCCCUCAAACAAAAAGAUGGGCGGUCAAAAAAUUAGAUAAGGACAUGCUGUCAGCAGCAAUUAUAGCCAGCUGCUGGACUAAGCACUACAUGACCGAAGAAGAUAUAGGAGAGGAUAUCGAAGGGACGGCCGACAGAGUCCAGAGCAUAAUGAUAGAGGCGUGCAAUAUAGCCAUGCCGAGGAGUGAAGCUAAAAUGCGUAAAGCUGUGCCAUGGUGGUCCACUGAAUUAGACCAGCUAAGGUCCGAACUCUCAGCUACACGGAGAAGACUGAGAAGGGCGAGGAGAAGGAGAAACGCUCUAAACGAAGAGGAGACCGAAGUGAAACUAAACGAAUUUAGACAGGCCAGAGACACCUUCAGCAAAGUCAUAAGGAAAGCGAAAGCCAGAGCAUGA